GUCACCCCAACGAUCUGGCCCUGCAGCACAUCCAGCUUAUUGCAUCAUCUGGGGAGUCAGAACUCACAAAUGAGAAGUAUAUUUUCGUCAUAUUAUUUACUUUCAUGUUUUUUUUUCUGUUUACACUUCGUGCACAAAGCUAUUAACUUAAAAGUCAUCUGUGAAGUAGUAAAAUUUGCGCUCAUCUUGGAUUUUCAGGAGCGGGUCACUCUCCUCUGUGUGGACUGUUUCUGGACCUCAAUGAUCAACAUGACCAAGCAUCUACCACUUACCCACAAUCCCUUGCGAUACGAUCCAUUCAAAUAGCCACCUUGCUGUUUUUGCUGGUGGAGAGAAGUGUCUGAUCUCUUUACCACUGACUUUAAAACAAGAAAACAUUAACCGAACCAGCGAGGGAGCAAACAGGGAAGUGUGUGUCAGGUGAGCGGAGUCACAUGCAGACAUCAGCUGGACGGAGAUAAAACACGAAGUAAGUAUUUGCAAGUCAACAGUUAGCAACAUUACAAUACUCUUUGCAUGUUUGGCAUGAUAAGUUUCACGAAAGCGUAACCUUAGGUUCAUUUGCUGUCCCUUUGUGUGGUAUUAACGUAAGUUAGCCUCCCAGCUAACGCCACCUAGCUUGACAUGUCAUCUGUCAGCCCGUCAGUUAAAGCCUCCACCAUUUCUGAUCAACUCCAGCCACGUCAAUAAAAAAACAUUUUAAAUCGAUGCAACGUUAGAGGAAAGGUCUAAUUACUUACAAGGUGUUGACUUAAGUUUAAACAAGUGUUAAAUCUCAUUACAAGAAACCUACCAGAAAAGUUCUCUUGUGUUUGCAACUUAAACAAUAAUUCAUGUCUUAUUUUUUAUCUUAAAGGCACUUAUUCCAGACUUAUCUUAAUUUUAAUGAAGUAUUUCGGUUAGAAAUUUGACAAAUACUCUUAAUAAGCUUAUAUUUUUCUGCAGAAUAGUUGCAAAAGUUCAUGUUUUUGUCCAAUUUGUAAAGGUCUCUGACACAUAAUGCACACACUUCUGGAAACUUUUAGAUAAACAGAUUAAUUCAGAACUAAUCAAUGAUCAAUUCACUUUUCUAUCAGAGCUGUUGCAAUAUAUAUAUUUUUAUUCUUGGCCACUUUUUUAAUAAGGUUUGCCCUAAAAACCUCCAAAAGCCACACUACAAUUUUUAUAACAUUAUUUAUAGUGCUGUGAAAGUGUUUAAAAUUUGCAGCUAUUGAUAAAAUUAUCAAUAACUUCCUGAUACAAAACAUGCCCUUCUGUCACUAUGACUAUGUGCAUGACAGCGGAACCAUAAAAGAGCUGUGGUCAGCAGGUUUGCAGGAAGGCGGGGUUCUUGUCUUUUUAAUAAGACAACCAGGACUGUGAGGUCGACUCUCACUCUGUUCUGCUCGUUCAACCCUCAGCUUCUCAGCUCCAGUCGCUGGCAAAGAUGGCUCAUCUCCCAACAUUGUUCAAGUAUGUGGAUGAACACCAGGAUCUGUAUGUGGAGGUAAGUUCAUUCUGAGGAGGUUUUAUGUUGUUAAAUGUAAGUUUUGCAGUUGAUAUUUUGAUUAGUUGUUACUGUGUUUUUAGAUUGCAGCUUGACUUGGUUUGAUCAAAUCAUGUUUUGAUGUUGAAUUUUAAGCAGUUCUGUAACUCAUUCACUCUGAGCACAUUGGAGAAAAAAGUUAAGUUUAAGCCAUUUUCUCAUCUCCCAGCGCCUGAAAGAAUGGGUGGAGGUCCAAAGUGUGUCUGCUUGGCCAGAGAAGCGUGGAGAGAUCAAGAGGAUGAUGGAGAUGGCAGCCAAGGACAUUGAGAGGCUUGGGGGAACUGUGGAGAUGGUGGACGUUGGCAAACAGCAGGUCAGAAUGUGUAAUAUGCCUCUUAAAGUGGUCCUCUGGACAGGGCAGGCCUGCUUUGUGAUGUUUUACCCUCUCCUAAACACAUUUGUUUUUGUCUUUUAGCUCCCCUCAGGAGAAGAGAUCCCUCUCCCUCCUAUCAUCCUGGGUCGUUUAGGCUCUGACCCCGGCAAAAAGACUGUGUGCAUCUAUGGUCACCUGGAUGUCCAGCCAGCCAGCAUAGAUGACGGCUGGGACACAGAGCCUUUCACUCUGGUGGAGAAAGACGGUGAGAGCAGAUUGUUUUGGUUUCUUUUUCGGUUGAGUUUCAAGAUGAUCCUGCUAGUCUGCCAAGGCGUAACAAAAGGAAGCUACUGAAAGUUAUUUAAGGACUCUGGAAUGAUGUUUUGGCAUGAAAGGUUAGACUCAAAAUGAUUAACUCUGCGGUGUCUGUUUUCAGUCCACCAUGUAAUGAUUAUACACCUUUUAUUUGAAGUUAACACACUUACAGUUUCAAAUCUCAGAGUAAUAUCUGAGCUGCAGAGAAGGGAGGGUGGUUGAAGGAAAAUGUAGUUUCAGUGAGCUGUAGCGAGGCUCAAGAGUCUAUGAAAUGGGUCAUUUGGUAUUUAAACUAUUCAUUUAAAGACCUGCUGUCAUGCACACCUCAGUAUCACUCAACAGUAACACUGAACUGUUUCCUUUUCCAGGCCAUAGAGGUUGUUUUUAAUCACCUUGACGUAAAUGUAGAAUCUGGUUUGAAUGCUCUUUGAGCUUUUAUCAGCCUCGUACUUGUGAUCAUAUCACAGUUUGCUACAAAGUCCAGCCUAGUUGCCUCAUGUUUUAGGGCAGAGAAGUGUUCUUGAUCAUGUGUUAUCUAUAAAACCUCACAGGCAAACUUGAACAAAUGAUAUUGGAUUUAAACAUGGCAGCAAAACUGUCAGAUUGAAAGGAAUGGUGAGCAGCUUGAGUAAAGACUUUUGAUCAGUUAAAGAUUGACAGUUUGCUUUUGAACAAACUCAUUAGAUGUAUUUUUCCUACUUUUGAAAACGUUGUAAUUCAUCAGCGCUAAUUAAUCAGAUCAGCUUCCUUAUCUGCUUUUGUACUUGACAGAUAGACCUUCAGGGAUAAGGUUUACUAUCUUUUAUGCUGCAUUAUUAGGACACAUGUUUGAAGUCUGUUUUUGAUGACAUCAGGAUUUUACUGUCAGGUUUAAGGUCAGCUAUGUGUGAUAUAUAAUACUAAAACGAUCCUGCGUAGAUUCUGGUGGCAGUCAGCUGACAGAAUGAACCACAUUCACUUCCUUCUGUCUGAAUCCUGUCUGCUCAGCUCAGCUCAGCUCCUUUCUUGCUUACGUCAUGUUUUACUCUCCAGCUGUUUAGUUGUUGAAGAGUUUCAAAUGAUGAAAAAUAAGUCAUAGGAACUGGUUCCUUAACUCAGACCUUAACACAACCAGCAUUUAAAAUGAGGCAAUGAUUGCAAGGAUGAGUUUAUAUUUUAUCUUUUGUUCCAUGUUCAGUAUAUCUGUGCCAAACCUGAGUGGGUUUAUAACUCAAUAAAUUCAUACAAGACCAGAGGGCUGGGUGAACACCUCCACACAGCAGAGACGAUCUAGAUACAGAGGGCAACUUUCACAACAACAUCAAUGUGGGCUAUAAUAAAGUUUCAAAAUCACUGACAAAGGCAUAAAGGAGUUUUAUAUCCUGUCUAUUAUAUCUUUAUGAAUUUUGUAGAAACUUCUGACUCAGUUCAAAACCUCAAAAAGGAGCAACAUCUGCCCAACUGUCCACCAGAAUACUUCAGAGUAUUUCCAUCAUGUCACAAAAAAUAAAAUUUGAUUAAUUCUAGAAUAUUCAGUAAUAAAAAAGACAUGUCAGAGCUUCUGCUUUUUCUGAUGAAACAAACAUGUUACAAAACACCCAUGCAUUGCCUUUGGCUCUGCAUGUCUACUCUUGUAUCUGUUUGGACAGUUUGUGGCACUUUUGUUGUUCCCUCCUAUCUCGAUUGUUGCCUGUAUUAUACCUCUCUGCAGAUGUAUGCAACUUUGGACCAAAGCACUUGCGAAACAAAAAUGUGACUUUUUAAUUGUAGUUUCCACAAUCCUCUUUCAUCUUGAAGGAUUUUUAGUUAAAAUUAAACCUUUGUUUUUUCUCUCUGCAGGUAAACUCUAUGGAAGAGGCUCCACAGAUGACAAGGGUCCAGUGUUGGCCUGGUUCAACUGUAUUGAAGCCUACCAGAAGAUCCAGCAGGUGAGUUCAUAUCGAACUUAAAGCAUCGGCGUCCUCCUGUGCCCUUUAAGAGCGGUGCUGUUGUUUGAUUUUCCAUUGACGCUGUAACAACAAACCACUUGCGGUUUCAUUUUGACUUUGUCCUGUCAAAAUAAAAGAAACAAGUUGAGCUGCUUCAUCAUCAACCAUUUCAGUGUGGUUGGCAUGGGAAUGUUAACAACAGUGGUUAGAAUCUGUGAUAUGUCUGACUGGAAAUACAGAGAAUACCUUCAUUUGUUGACAGUUGAAGAUACUUUGUUUCACUUUCUUUCUUUACAUUGUUUUGUAACUUUAUACACUUGCAAUGAAGGAAACCCCCUCAGCAGGAAAAAGUACAUUUGAAAGUUGAAAGUUGAAACACUUUAUUGUCAUCAUACAGAUGCAUGACAAGAAGAGAUAAAGAGCUGCCCAGUCGGUGCACAAAUAGUUAAAAUAAAACAGACAAGGUUAUAAAACAGACGAUGUAAUAUAAAUAACAUAUACGCAAAAUAAACAUUUAUAGUGCAAAGAGUGCAAUUAAAUGUAUGUGCUCACCAGAUGCCUUUUUGAAGAAACUGCAUUGUUGGUAAAAACAAAAUCAAGAAAUGAGUUCUAAGUCUGAUUCAUUGUCUGUUUUUCUCUCUUUGUGCCGCAGGAGCUUCCCAUCAACAUCAAAUUCUGCUUUGAGGGGAUGGAGGAGUCUGGAUCUGAGGGUCUGGAUGAACUGGUGUUUGCCCGUAAAGACACCUUCUUCAAGGACGUGGACUAUGUCUGCAUCUCUGACAACUACUGGCUGGGCAAGACCAAACCCUGCAUCACCUACGGCCUGAGAGGAAUCUGCUACUUCUUUGUCGAGGUGGAGAGCCGUUGUUCAAAUUUAUAAUCACUUAUAAUGAGGACAAGUUUAACCUAACCCUGCUCUGUACUGCAUUAUUUCAGUGUAACACAAAUGCAGUGUUGUGAGAGUUUGUGUUUGCUUAGACUAAUUACAGUGAUGUUUGGUUUUGCGUUGAAAGGUGGAGUGUGGUGCCAAAGACCUGCACUCUGGGGUGUUUGGCGGUUCUGUUCAUGAAGCCAUGACUGAUCUGAUUACACUCAUGGGUAAGUCAAGCUUAUGAAUUAGUAGCUUUGAUUGAUUCCCUUAAACAAACAGAAAACUCUUCUUCUUUGAGCUGCAGAUGCUUUGUGAGGGUUUUAAUGAGGGUGUUUUUUCUACUUACAGGCUCUCUGAUUGACAGGAAGGGAAAGAUUCUGAUUCCUGGUAUGUACGAUGACGUCGCCCCUCUGACAGAAGAGGAGACAAAGCUGUAUGAGGACAUCGAUUUUGACCUGGAUGAAUACUGCAAAGAUGUUGGAGUCUGUCAGUUGCUUCAUAACACCAAGGUAAGAUGUUAGGUCAUGUAAAUACAGCACUGUUCUGCUUUAUUUUGCAUCCGCUGUAAUAAUUGAAGAUGUGCUGUUCUUAUCUUUCCUGCAGGAGAAAAUCCUGAUGCACCGCUGGAGAUACCCAUCCCUUUCUCUUCAUGGCAUUGAGGGAGCUUUCUCCGAAGCGGGGGCAAAAACUGUCAUCCCUCGCAAGGUCAUCGGCAAGUUCUCCAUCCGUCUCGUCCCAGACAUGGACCCAAAAGUUGUGGAGAAGCAGGUAGAGCUCAUCAUAGAUUAACAAUAACUGUAUUUUACACUCACUGUAAUCCCAACAUAUAUGAGGAAUUCUCUGCCAGUGUGAUCAAAACUUUGAUGACUUGGAGAAAUGCUUGAGUUCUGAAGUGUUACGAAAGUAUUGCAAAAAAAGUACAAAAGUGCAAUACACAUUUGCCAGAAUAAACUUAAAAAAUAAUCUCCCCAGCUCUUUGAUUUUACUCAUAUUUUUGUCCUGUUCAUUGUUUAGGUCAUAAGCCAUCUGGAGAAGAGGUUUUCUGAACAUGGAAGUCCCAACAAACUGAAGGUGUACAUGGGCCACGGAGCCAAGGCCUGGGUGUCUGACUUCAACCACCCACACUACAUGGCUGGACGAAAGGCCAUGAAAACAGGUACGGCUGCUGAGAGAUUCAGCACCAGUUGAUGUAAAAUAAGGAUCAGCUGUUUCAAAAAACAUGAUUUUUAUAGUUAAACUACAUCCUUCAUAAUGAGGAGGUUUUUGGACUUUAUUUACUCAGACUAACUGCUCUCUCUGUUUUCUUCAUUUGUCUCUGUGCUGCAGUCUUUGGUGUGGAGCCUGACCUGACCAGAGAAGGUGGAAGCAUUCCCGUCACCCUGACCUUCCAAGAAGCCACUGGACGUAAUGUCAUGCUGCUUCCUGUGGGAUCUUCUGAUGAUGGAGCUCACUCCCAGAAUGAAAAGCUCAACAGGUAUGCCGAACGAUGGGAAGCAUCAAUAUGUAAUAUUGAAGGACAGAGUUUUUAUCACAACAUGUUUGCAAUAAACUCAUCCUCUUCGUUUCUCUCCGUUUCUUCAGAACCAACUACAUUCAGGGGGUCAAGAUGCUGGGUGCAUACUUCCAUGAGGUUUCCCUGCUAAAAUAAAUCACUGCAUCAGUUCAGUAUGGAAAAUGUAAAAUAUGUCCAUCUUCACGAUCAAUCCAUAGCCUUUAAGGUAUCAUUUACAUGUAAUGGUUAAUAGUUUUAUACUCACUGCCUCCCUAAAAUAAAGUUUUUUUUCUUUGCUACCAUG